ACGGCGAACCAAGUUUUCACCCAAAACUAUUAAGCAAAGGAGAAAACUAAUAUUGGCCAUGGAAGCAUCACGAUUGAUCAACUCAGUCGCCACUUUUCACACCCUAUCUCCAAAACCAACCAACUUUAAUCCAAGAAUCCACUUGACCUCCCUUUUGCAAAAGCAGUGUCGCAUAAAUCCUGGAAAGAUUUACACCAUAAAUCAAAAGCUUGUUGCGGUUCAAACCAGCGACAAUGAUAAUGACGAGGAAACCCAAGUAAAAGAAAUUCCUACUGCUAAUUGGGAGGCAGAGUUUCUUGGGGUUAUAAACCCAAACGGCAAUUUGCCCCCUCCCAAGAAGAAAAAGCAGCUCAAUACGAGAUUACUGCCACAAAGUGGUGAAAAUGACUGGUGUGUUAGGGCUAGAAAGGUUGCUUUGAAAUCUAUUGAAGCCAGAGGUUUGACUGAGAGAAUGGAGACCUUGGUCACUGGUGUCAAGAAGAAAAAUAAAAAGAAGAAAAAGAAACCCAAAAUUGAUAAAGUACGCAAACGGAGCUCCAGCGACGACGAGGAUGAUGAUGAUGAUGAUGAGAUGGAAGAAGAAGAAGAGAAUGAUGUGGACUUACAGAUCGAUGAUCCGUAUUUUGAUGCGGAUUUUUCGGAUAAGACAAAUAAUCUUAAGAGGAUGGUAAGUAAUCUUGACGGUGGAAUGUUCCAAGAAAGGAAGGAGAAAUCUAUGGAAACAUUUGUUGAGAGGCUUUCGCAGUUUUCGGGUCCUUCUGACCGAAGGAAAGAAGUCAACUUGAACAGGUCGAUUGUGGAAUCUCAGACUGCUGAGGAAGUCUUGGAGGUCACUGCUGACAUCAUCAUGGCUGUUGCGAAAGGGCUCACCCCUUCGCCUCUUUCACCAUUGAACAUUGCCACGGCAUUGCAUAGGAUUGCCAAGAACAUGGAGAAAGUGUCCAUGGUAAGGACUCGUAGGUUGGCAUUUGCUCGGCAGAGAGAGAUGUGUAUGCUUGUGGGGUUGGCAAUGGCUGCCUUGCCUGAAUGCUCGGCGCAGGGAGUUUCCAACAUUGCGUGGGCCUUGUCCAAGAUUGGUGGGGAGCUUCUUUAUUUGUCUGAAAUGGACAGGGUGGCUGAGGUGGCUUUGACUAAAAUAGCAGACUUUAAUUCGCAAAAUGUUGCUAAUAUGGCCGGAGCUUUUGCUUCUAUGCUGCACUCUGCUCCAGAGCUCUUUGCAGAAUUGUCGAAGAGGGCAUCGGAUAUAAUCGACACUUUUCAACCACAAGAAAUAGCUCAAGUAUUGUGGGCUUUUGCUUCGCUCUAUGAGAAUGCAGACCCUUUACUCGAGUCUCUUGAUAAUGUGUUUAAGGAUCUGAAACAGCUUAAAUGCUGCUCCGUUAACGAAACAUAUAAUAAUCUUGUUGAUGAGAGAGGAGCAAAAAACAGUGGGGAUAGUUUAUCUACUGAAGUUUCGGGCACUCCUACUAUCACGUUUACUAGAGAUCAGCUAGGGAAUAUAUCUUGGUCUUACACAGUUUUAGGGCAGCUGAAUCGUGUCUUCUUUUCCCAUGUAUGGAGAACUUUGAGCCAUUUUGAUGAGCAAAAACUUUCUGAGCAGUAUAGAGUGGAUAUUACAUUUGCUUCUCAGCUUAACCUGGUGAAUCAGUGCCUGAAAAUCGAGUACCCUCAUCUUGAAUUAUCAUUGUCUAAUGAGUUGGAGAACAAAAUUACAAGUGCUGGAAAAACAAAGAAGUUUAACCAGAAGGUAACUUCGUCGUUUCAGAAGGAGGUGUACCGUCUCCUCGUUAGCACUGGACUAGAUUGGGUAAAGGAAUAUACUGUGGAGGGAUACACUGUGGAUGCAGCCUUGGUUGAUCGCAGAGUUGCUCUCGAAAUCGAUGGGCUAACUCAUUUCUCCAGAAAUUCUGGUGUCCCUCUAGGGCAUACUAUGCUAAAACGUCGUUACAUUACUGCGACUGGAUGGAAGCUCGUAUCACUGUCUCAUCAAGAAUGGGAAGAAGUUCAAGGUGAAUACGAGCAGCUAGAGUAUCUCAGAAAGAUUCUCGACGAUCACAUAGGUAAAGGAAGCAGCGAUACUGUAGAAUGGUAAAUUGAGAGAUCAUAAAACACGUGAUAUUGACCUAUUUAAAAAAACAUUAUAUUGUAUGUAUGUCCCGAUUUUGCAUUGAGUCCUGAUUUUCUUAUCUGCGAUUUGACUGACAA